AUGUCAUCCUUCUCCGUUGCCGUUGCGACUGCUCUGCUUUUCUGCCUGGCCGCCCAUGGCUGCUGCGCCCCUCCUUCUUCUCCGCCCAGCGCGACCCCUCCUGUCACCACUCCAGCACCGUUCGUGGCGCCUAGUCCGCCCGCGCCAGAUUCUAGCGCCAACGGCACCAAUGCCUACACCGGCGGCUGGCUGGACGCCAGGGCCACCUGGUACGGCGCGCCCACCGGCGCCGGCCCCGACGACAACGGCGGCGCCUGCGGUUUCAAGAACGUCAACCUGCCACCCUUCUCCGCCAUGACAUCCUGCGGCAACGAGCCGCUCUUCAAGGACGGCAAGGGCUGCGGCUCAUGCUACCAGAUACGGUGCGUGGCCCAGAACCACCCGGCAUGCUCGGGCGUGCCGGAGACGGUGAUCAUCACGGACAUGAACUACUACCCGGUUGCCCGCUACCACUUCGACCUCAGCGGCACCGCCUUCGGCGCCAUGGCGCUGCCGGGCCGGAACGACCAGCUCCGCCACGCCGGCAUCAUCGACAUGCAGUUCAAGAGGGUGCCUUGCGUGUACCCGGGCCUGACGGUGACGUUCCACGUGGAGCAGGGGUCGAACCCGAACUACUUAGCGAUCCUGGUGGAGUACGAGGACGGCGAUGGCGACGUGGUGCAGGUGGACAUAAUGGAGUCACGGCCGGACACCACCGGCAAAGAUGGCAUGUCGCCUACGGGGCAGUGGGUGCCGAUGAAGGAGUCGUGGGGAUCCAUCUGGAGGAUGGACACAUGGCACCCCAUGCAGGGGCCCUUCUCUCUGCGCAUCACCAACGAGUCCGGGAAGAUGCUCGUUGCCGACAAGGUCAUCCCCGUCAACUGGGAGCCCAACGCCAGCUACCGCUCCAUCAUCCAAUUCAACUGA